CAAGGGACUACAAGACGGUGGCAAACUGGCAAGGAGAGGCACUGCUGGUAUCAACAAGUGGCAGUCAGUGAAGAGAGGUCGGGCAAGCAAGCAGAGUGAGAAAGGACACCCAUUCAUGAGCACUAGCGCCAGCACGUUAAGGGGUGUCAUUCAAUAAGGCAGACAGUGCCAAGUAGGAGUCACUGGCGUCAAGAAACAUACCCAGGAAAGAAUGGAAGAUGUACAUGGUGCUGAAGACCUCAGACCAGUUAUAUAUGUGACUGGUUUUGGCCCGUUUUCUGGCCAUGCCAUUAAUGCAAGCCAGUUAGCUGUUGAACUGCUCCCCAGAGAAGAUAUAGAAGAAAAGCUUGGAGUUAGGCUGAUCACUGAAAUAGUGGAAGUGGAAUAUGAGUACGUUAAGAAGACUAUUCCUCAAAGAUGGAAGAAGUAUAUGCCAAAGUUGACAGUUCAUGUAGGGGUGUCAAAUUUAGCAGAAACUCUAACACUGGAACAACUAGCCCAUAACACUGGAUAUGAGAAGGAAGACAACUGUGGAUGUGUACCUAUCGGUGGCUUGUGUCAUUCAGAUGGAACUGACAUAAUUCAGUCUUCAAUUCAGAUGGAUAUGAUUUCAAGUACCUUGAACAAAGCUACUUGUCUCAAACUCCCUUGUGCAAAAUCUACUGACCCAGGAAGGUUUUUAUGUGAUUUCACAUACUACUUAUCUUUGAAAGAAGACAAAUCUCGAUCAGCCUUCAUCCAUGUACCUACUCUACAAAAGUUUACAGCUGAAGAAAUAUCUUCUGCUCUGGCAGCUGCUAUCAAGGAAAUGUACUUACAGGUAUCGAAAUUGGAUGCAAUGAAAGAGGUCACUGAAGAUAAAAAUCCUCUUUUGAAAUCAGUUGAUCAUGUUGAUGGACUAGUGGAAUAAAAAGUUGCAGUUAUGUGAACACAGGGUUGGUAUACCCCCCUCCCUCCCCUCCCCCCACACGCAAAACUUUUUUUGUUUGUUUGUUUAAUGCGGCGUCACACAGGGCAAAUUUCUCCCAACAUGUUGCUCGUUUUUAUUGGUGAUUAUCGCCAACCAACAGUGUUGUGCAUCACACUGUACUGACUCUGAACUGUUGUGUUGACGCCGCGCUCCAACAACAACAAACAUCUCGCCAGCAUCUCUCCAGACACUUUACCAUGAAUCGGAAGGAUAUUGAGGUUUUAGAAGAUUGUGCUGCUGCAUUGCACGUAAUGAAAGCAUGUGCUACGACUGCAGAAGCACCAGAAGAAGCAGUGUUCUCCAUCUCAACAGUUUUACCUCACGCCAGACACAGACUCCACCCAGCAUACCAUCACAGUCAGUUGAGUGUUAUAAAUAACUUUACACAGUGGACAAAUAAAUCACAAACACAUACUUGCACAUGUACAUCGGUCUUUGGAGUUUUACAGUUGACAAUUUGAGUAAAUAUGUACGAUGAUUGAUUUUCAAUUUACAUUUACAGCUUAAAGCACGAAUGUCAUUUGAUCCUGAUUUCUCCCAACCAACCGACCAACCAACCGUUGUCCAUCCUUCCUGAUCCGCCUAAUCUUGUUGGUGGUUGCUCAUUUUGCCCAGCCGCCAACAAAAACGGGCAACAUGUUGGGAGAAAUUUGCCCUGUGUGACGCCGCUCUGCAUUACAAAAAAGAUGUAGUUUUACACCAUAUUGAUGAAUGUGCUCUACAUACAUAUAUUGAAAUCAUUAUUUUAAACAGACUGAGACACUGAGUACUGAGUCAGCAGUAGUCAAGCCUGCCACAACCGUCCAAUGCCUGUACAGUACAAGUUAACAUGGAUGCACCUGAAACACCAGGUCUUAAACGUGCGUCUGUUCCAAAUUUUGUUUCACUUUGAACUACGUUUUAAUUGGCUAUUUCAUUUAAUCAUUAUAUAAAUAUGAAGAAUAACAAAAAAGUAAUGAUACCCCCCCCCAAAAAAAAAAACUUUGGUACUCAAACGUUUCUUUUUGUAUUUUUUCCAACCCUUUGUGAACAUCAACCAUUAUCUUUCAAAAUUUGUAUAUUUGUCUUUAAGGAGAGAAGAAAUGCAGUAGGGUAUUUUAUAAUAGUAGUUGCAAUAAAUGGCAUAUGUAAUAAUUCAACAUCCCAUUUCUCAAUCGGUACUGUUUUGGCUCAUGAAACUCGUAAAUACAUUAUACAAGAAAUCAUAAAUUAUAUGGUAACAUACACUUAUUUUAAAAACUUAGUUAUAUAUUCUGUAAUCUUACUAAUAUACGAUAUAUUAAUAUAAUAGAGAUUUUAGCAAUAAAUAAUAUAUGAAUUAUCAUUUGAGACUGUACGCUACAUUUUCCACAUAUGGAGGUUCCUUAUAGAGGGCUAAUUGGGCACCAUUUCUUAGCCAAACAUAAAAAAAGUUGCAGAAGAAAUAUAAAUAAGCGAGACAUAUUUAAUGUUAAUUGUUUGCGCUACAGUUUGGAUGAUAUAAAUUAUUUUUAAAUUAUCCUGUGGGAGCAUUUAGGCAAGACAGACAUUAGCCUGUUUACCCCCCAAAAUGGGAAAAUGGGCAACUCACUUUUUCCAUUAUCUAAAGGUUCUUUAAUCAACAAGAGUUGUAGAACUUAAUUGGAAAUAUAUUUUUUUAUAGAUGAUUUAUAAUACUAAAUUGCCAUUUCAAGAAAUACUCAAUAACCUUUACUUGUGCUGGUUUAAAAAAAAAAAAAAAAGGUUUGAAUAUUCUUAAUUCUCAUUGGAAAACUCUUGUAAACAUUCCUGGUCAUAUAUUUACCAUAUGAGUAUAUUAGCCAUUUCAGAAACAUGGAAACACAGUUUAUACUUGAAAUAGACAGAUUUUGUGAAUGGGCGGGGAAGUGGCAAAUGGAAUUCAAUGUUGAGAAGCGCAGUAUUCUGACUGUAAGUAGGAAUAACCCUUCACAUAAUUAUUGCUUAAAUGGCACUCCCCUAAGCAGGUCUAGGUGUGAGAGAGACUUAGGGCUCUUAGUGAGCUCUGAUCUCCAUCCAAGGGCACAGUGCAUCAGGCUAGAAAUUGUGCAAAUAGAGUACUGGGAUUCAUUUCAAGAAGCAUGAGCAAUAGAAGUGCUGAACUCAUCUUCAAUCUAUAUUUAGCAUUAGUUCAUCUCAAUAUCAAAAUGUUACAGUUGGUACAGAGAAGAAUGACAAAGAUGAUUCACGGGCUAAGAAACGUGCCAUUUUCUUGAAAGGCAAAGGGUGCAAGGAGACUUGAUUGAGGCUUAUAAAUGGAUGAAGGGAAUCAAUAAGUGUGAUAUUAAUAAGCUUCUCAUGACAAGAGAGCCGGGUAGGACAUGUAGUAAUGGCCUUCAAUGGGAUAAACUUAGAUUCAGCAAAGACAUUGGUAAGAAUGGGUUUGCCUGAAGAGUGAUAGAGUGGCACAGGCUUGCUUGGAAGUCCUUUUGUGAGUGCAACAUUAUACAUUAUAAAACAUUAUACAUUAUAAAAGAUUAAGUAAAUUCAUGGAGAGUGGGAUUAGGUGUUGUUAGGUUAACAGGAGCUGCCUUGCACCGGCUUCUGGCCUCUUGCAGACUUCAUACGUUCUGAUAUUCUAAUGUUUUAAUAUCACAGGCUUGGGUAAGCAUGACAAUACAGUGCACUUCCGUCUGAAAGAUGUCUCCAUUCCAUGGUUCCUUGAAAUAAAGGUAUUCAGUUCCUGACAUGUUACAGCCGCUCCUAGAAUAUGGUUUUAUAAAGAUGUAAAGCUGCAACUCUCUAUAAAGAAGAUCAAGUGGAGCUUCGGGGGAGCAACACGAGCCAAGCAAGAAUAAUGCCGCAAUAAAACACCUGCCUGCGCCAUGGAUUUGGGCCGAGCAACAGGUCACAUCAAGAAAGCCUAUUGGUGCUAUAGGACAAACCUUAAAAAAAUGUAAUUGUAAGUCAAAAGUGAUGACAACAGGUAAUGCCUAAUUACACAAAGAAAUAUUGUCCAGUUCCUCGACUCUUGAUUUUGGAGCCACUGCUGAUUAAUGCUCUUGACCCUCACGGGAUCAAGACGUGUCACUUGGCGCUCCCCAUAGCAGCCACGGGGUCAGUUUGUUGACCCCUUUUCUUUUUCUUUUUCUUUUUCUUCUCCUUCGCUCUCCAUUCCCCCGCCCCUUCCCAUUGUUUUUAAGGUAGUCAUUAUUACAAAGAACACUCGUGAAAUGUUGUGACAUUAUACAAACAUACAGUGAGUGCAGUGGUUAGUGGUGCUGGAAGGGUAGUGAGAGCUGUGUCGCCAACACAACACCAAGGACACGCUCAAGCUCUGGAGGACGAAAUCACCCAGCAGCAGAGGAAGGUCAGUUCAGGUGGCAGGCAGUGAGGCAGCCUCGUCACUCAGGUCUGGAGCAAAAUAUACGGCAACUUCAUCAACUCUGUGCACUUGUUCCGAUAAACAGAUAUGACAACCAACCGGCCAGCAACCACCACCUGUGUCUCGCCGGCCCAGGCUUAGCACCUCCUUACUAAGCCUGGGUAUCCCUGAGUGACCUCCCAGAUACUGCCCACCUGCAUCCCUCUGGGACCUGGCACCUGAACCCAGUAUCCUACCUGAGGAUUAACAUCGCACUUGACCUCACCGUCAUCUGGAAGAAUCCGCCCCUUCGCCCCCCCAGCACCACCCCCACUGCACUCCUUCCCACCCAACCCCUCCCAUCACCCCUACCUUUCCCAGAGACAAGUCUGACCCCCGUUUUCCAUCCCCCUUCUAUUUUUAUACUUGUUCUCGUUAACGAAAUAUAUUUAAAUGUAUUUAUAAAAUGUAAAUUUUCAGCCUGACGGCUGCCGUAUACCUGAAUAAACCGUAUAUUAUUAUUAUUAUUAUUAUUAUUAUUAUUAUUAUUAUUAUUAUUAUUAUUAUUAUUGUUAUUAUUAUUGUAUCUAGAAGCUCCACAUUUUAGCAAGACGUACCUAAGGAUAUGUUUUAUUACUGGGGAAAAUUACAGAUUUGCGGUGAAUCCUCUCCAUGGGCAGAUUACACAUAAUGUUUUUAAGUGUGAAGAUUCCAAAAUUUUGAAAAUACUUCCUUUUGACUUAUGGAAGGCAUGUCACGUUCUCAAAUGGUCAUAAGAUGCUAUUUUACUUUCACUUCUGAUGUGGACUUAUUAUGACACUAAUCAAAGCCUAAAAUAUAGUGAAUAAAACAAUUUAGUUAUGAUAAAAAGUGAGAAAUAUUUGUGUAGGCUACCCUUGAACCCAAGUAGUGCCCAAUUAUUCAACUAUACAGUAAUUAAUAAUGUGACUAAACCCCUCCAUAAUAUAACUCAUAUAUGUUUUUGUUGUGUUUCUUAGAAAUUAUGACAAAGUUUUAUAUAUUUUAGUUUAGCUUAACUUCCCAAACGUUUACUUCUGUGUCCCAUUAUGUUCUUUUUCGACAUCCAUAUACUAUUUUAAAUUCUUCAAAAUAUCUGAUUGCAAGAAUAUUUUUGUUGCUUUCUUAGAUUUAAGGAGAAAUAGCUAACAUUACCUAACAACUUAACAAAUAUUACUUGUAAUCAGUAAUCAAUCAAUAAAUCUGCAUGGACAUAUGAAACCCUGCUUGAAUCGUACUUUUGGGCUGCUGCCCUGUAUCUCAUUAUCAGUUGCUUUAUAUACGAAUAUUCUUUCAAUAGAAAAAAUAUGAUGACACUUUUACUUAAUUUUCUGUUAGCAUACUUUGUUUAUUCCUGAUGAUUCAUGUAUCUAUGCCUUACACAUAAUAUUCUAUUAGUAAUGAUGAAUUUUAUAGUUUUAUAGCAAGUAUUAGUUGCUAUAUUAUGAACUUCAGAAGGCACAAAAGGGAAUCACAAACAUUGUGUUCAUGAAUAUGUACAUAGUAAUUACUUGACAGCAAUUAUAGUUCGCCUUGUUAGCCUGACAUAUAUGAUGAUAAAUGAACAUUAGAUAACUUUAAAUUUUUUUCCUGCAGAGAGUGGCAAAACGCUGUACUGAAACCCAAGACAGUAUGACAAGCAGGUGAUUGUUGAACACUAAUAAACAUUAGGAAAAGUAAAAGUGUUAAUACUUAUUUUUAAUUAUAUUAUAAUUUUGGUAGUCAUGUCAAAUUAAGCUAAUCAUAAUUAUCCAAUUGUAUCAUUAACAUUUCUUUUCAAAGCUUUGUUGUACUCACAUUGCAUCAACUAUGCCUUUAUAGAUAAGUGUAUAAUUAAGAACAGCCAAGAUAAUACAGUACUACAUAAUUUUAAAAUAAUGAUAAUUCAGAUGAUUUUUUAGCUUAAUAAGGGAGGCCAAUUUUAACUCUUUAGAUUGACAGGUGCCAUUUGAUAUGGUCACCAUUUAUCACUUUAUCACACUCUGAGUAAAACUUAGUAAACUUAGAAAUAUUGCAUACAUUCCAAUCUAUGUGAAAGUAGGAUGAAGAAAAGAAUAUUGUGCCAUUAUUUUUUUUGUGUUUUUCACCAAAUACUUUAAUUAUAUAUAAAUGUGCAUACGUAUAUGCAUGGGUUGGGGAUGUCUCGUGUGUAUAUGGUGAUUGAUAUUGGGGAUAAGACUUUGCCCUAGGGGACACCACAGUAUGGGUAGGCCAGUAGUAGCGUACUUUUAAAGUACUGGUGGUACCGAUAACAGUAUUUGCCAAAAAUUGUAUCGAAGACAGUGAUAUCAUUAUAACUAUUGAAAAGUACCAGCGGUACUUCCCUCUACCUAGCCUGUGCAAAAGUCUUAGUGUGAGAAUAGGUGGGACUUAAUGGAUUAAAUAAUAAAAUUUUAAAAACUGUUGCCAUAUAUUUUAUUAAAAAAAAAUGUUACACAAAAAACUAUUACCAUAUAUAUUUUAUUACAAGAAAUGGUUCCACAUUGUUAUACGAUUUUCCACAUAUUAAAGCAAACAACAUUUUA